AAGAAAAGAAUCAGUUCCUGAUAAGACGUUGUCACAAGAACCAACAUGACCAUUGGUGAAGUUUCGCAAGUGGAAUACGCUUGCGGAUGGAACUUAUACACGAUGAAAUUCAUUGGGAUUUGGCCAGAGGAAAGAAGGUUCGAUCAAAUCUCGAGCUACAAAGUGUUAAUAGGGAUUGCAUUCAUCAUCUUGUUCUGCACUAUACCUCAAUCGAUAGUAUUAUAUUUCGAUCGAGACGACUUUAACUUGAUUAUGGAAAACCUAUCUGUGGACAACAUGAAUGGAACGAUCGCAUUCAUAAAGAUGAUCUUCUUCUGGUUUAACGGAGGACAAAUGAAGGAUCUCCUUUCCGCAAUGGAGGAAGACUGGAAGGAAGUGACAACGAAAGAAGAUGAAAGGAAAAUGAUGAAGUUAGCAAAAUUCAGUCGGAUUUUAGCUACGAGAGCAACCGCUAUUUGUUACGCCCUUAUUUCGGUUUAUGCUGUGAAAAGAUGUCUAUCGAUGCGUACCGACGGUCGUGUUCUAUUUCUCUCGGCAUAUUUUCCAUUCGAGACAAUGACUAGUCCAAUGUUCGAAUUGACGUUCAUCUGUCAAAUAAUUGGUUCGGUAUAUUAUACCACAGCGUAUACAGCAGUGGAUACUUUCAUAGCCAUGUUGAUUCUUCAUGUAUGCGGACAACUUUCGAGGCUACAAAAUAAUCUGAUCAAUUUGAAUUCCGAUAUGAAAAAUGAAUUUCAGAUCAAAUUAAGUUACAUUGUAAAAAGGCACGAUUAUUUGAACAGGUUCGUCGACACAAUAGAGGAUCGAUUCAACAUAAUGUUUCUCUUUCAAAUACUCGGUUGUACCCUUCAAUUGUGCAUCGAAUGUUUCCAAGGACUUCUGUUAAUGGCCGAAGAAGUAGAACAAAUGCCGUUAGUAGAGAUCUUUUUCUUCGGUUUCUACAUAUUCUACGUUCUACUUCAACUAUAUCUUUACUGCUACGUCGGUGAAAAACUUUGGUCCGAGAGUACCGAACUGGCUCGUGCCGCAUACGAAUGUAAAUGGUACGAUUUACUACCGAACGAGGCCAGAUCCCUGAUAUUGAUAAUACGUCGAGCGCGAAUACCAUUGCGCCUGACAGCUGGCAAAUUUUGUAUUUUCAAUCAUGAACUUUACAGCACCGUUUUAAAGACAUCAAUGGGUUAUCUAUCUGUUUUGCGUGCGACAAUGAUAAAUUCCUCGAUAAAAUCGAAGAAUAAUUUAAUGACACGUUAUUGUCACAAAUGCUCGGCCGUUCGAUAUAAUUUUGGGUUAAAUGUUGUUACCAGGGACGCUUUUGUUUGGCAAGUCGACUAUGCUUGCGGAUGGAAUAUAUACACGAUGAAAUUCAUGGGGAUUUGGCCAGAAAAAAGAAACUUCGAUCAAAUUUCGAGCUACAAAGUGUUAAUAGGGAUUAUCUUCAUCCUCUCAUUCUGCACUAUACCACAGUACAUGCUACUCUAUCUCAAUCGAAAUGAUUUCGACCUGGUUAUGGAAAAUUUAUCCGUGGACAACAUAAAUGGAACGAUGUCAUUCAUGAAGAUGAUAUUCUUCUGGUCUAGCGGUGAACAGAUAAAGGGACUUCUCAUCGCAAUGGAGAAAGAUUGGAACGAAGUGACAAGGGAAGAAGAUAAAAAUAAAAUGAUGAAAUUUGCGAAGUUCAGCAGAAUACUAUCUACGAAAGUAAACGCUUUCUGUUGGUCGCUCAUCGCGGUAUACGCUAUGACAAGAUGUUUAUCGAUGCGUACCGAGGGCCGUCUUUUAUUUUUCCCCUCAUAUUUUCCAUUCGAAACAAUGACCAGUCCACUAUUCGAAUUCAAGUUCUUCGGUCAAAUGAUAGGUGCAAUUUAUUAUUCAGUAACGUACACAGCAGUAGAUACUUUCCUAGCGAUGUUGGUCCUUCACGUUUGUGGACAACUUUCGAGAUUACAAAACGAUCUUACCAAUUUGAAUUCAGCUACGAGAAAAGAAUUUGGGAUGAAGUUAAAUUACAUCGUGGAAAGGCACAAUUAUUUGAACAGAUUCGUCGAUACGUUAGAGGACCGGUUCAAUAUAAUGCUGCUCUUUCAAAUACUUGGUUGCACCUUGCAAUUGUGCAUGGAAUGUUUUCAUGGACUUGUGUUAAUAAUGGAUGACGGAGAACAAAUGCCGUUACUAGAGAUGUUCUUCUUCGCUUUCUACAUCUUUUACGUUCUACUUCAAUUAUAUCUCUAUUGCUACGUCGGUGAAAAACUUUGGUUCGAGAGUACCGAACUUGCUCGUGCCGCAUACGAAUGCAAAUGGUACAAUUUAUUACCGGAGGAGGCAAGAUCACUGUUAUUGAUAAUAUAUCGAUCGCGAUCACCUUUGCGUCUAACAGCUGGCAAAUUCUGUAUUUUGAAUCACGAACUUUACAGCACCGUUUUGAAGACAUCAAUGAGUUUCCUGUCUGUUUUGCGUGCAACAAUGGCAAAGGACGAAUGAUACAAUCGAAGCUUUUCACAAAAUACUAUGGCACCUUAGAAUUGAAUAUUUUCAAACAAAAAAUAUAUCGAU